UCUCCUUUAACAAAGUGUUGCUGUUGCAGUACAACAGCACUCUGGGGAUAGUGACUGGGUACACACAGGAGGCAAUGGAAGAAGCAGAAAUGCUGAACAAAAAUACACAAUUUAUAACUAGCAAAAGAAAACAGUGCGUUGCAUGAGCAGAGCCAAGGAGGCUUAUCACGGUCUUUUCAAUCCAGUUGAGCCCCACUCAAUUAAAGUGAACAAGAGCAGCAAACAUCCAGGCGUUCUCAUUUGCAGCGUGUACAACUUUUAUCCCAAGCAAAUCAACGUAACAUGGUUGAGUGAUGGAAAGGAGAUAACAUCUGGUGUGACCUCUACUGAUGAAAAGUCCAAUGGGAACUGGCUUUACCAGAUUCACUCACAUCUGGAGUAUAAACCCAGAGAUGGAGAGAAGAUCACCUGCAUGGUGGAGCACGCCAGCUUCAAGCAGCCCAAGCUUGUUGACUGGGAUCCUAUACCGGACCCAUGGACGUACGAGAAUACAUGUAUGCUCGCUGUUGGGAUAACAGGGUUCCUGCUGGGUGCGCUGCUUUCAGUUGCCGGGAUAAUUUACUAUCAAUAUAAACAAUCAAGAGUUCAUUCUCAGUCCAGUGAUGGUUCCAGACCUGCUCCUUCAGACAGACCAGAGGACCCAGUAGUCCAAGAGUCUUCAACGCUUCUCUCAUUACCAGAAGCAUCCUGAUCCAGGCUACUAGAUACAGUCACAUCAGAAACCAUUCAGACCACUUUGCACAUGUCACUCUAUAUAUAAUGUUUGGCUAUAAUAAUUUAUUUUAAUACUUGCAAAGUAAGCUGGUUAAACUAAAUUGUUGUGAAGCUAAUUAUUGGGAUUUUUCUGUAGGCACAUAUGAAUAUGAAGCAUAUAAUAAUACACAGUCUUUUGCAUUUAAAUCCUUUUUUGCACACAAACCUUAUUCAUUUUGUUGGAGCCUCUGGUUUAAACAUUGUGAAAUAUUUCAAACUACAGUAUGAAGAAAGUAGUCACAACAAUUAUGGUCUGAUGCUUCCUCCAGCUCCCAUAUGAUAAAAGCCUUCAACUAACGGCAACGUGUGUUUGUGAUCAAGCACUGUAUUUUAAGCACUUAACCAGUUAGCUCACAAGCAUGAAGACACCUACAGAGACUUUGUUUCAUUUUGUAUCUUAUGUAGAUUUUGUCUAAUCAAUAAAUGACGAGAUAAAUUGUCUUAAACUGAAGGUUUGUUCUUGUUUAUAUUAAUACUAAUACUAAUAAUUUUGUACCACAACAUUUUCUCCCAACAUCUAUAACAUCAUGUCCUCCUCAGUAUCCAGUUUGUCCUUCAUGUACUGUACUGUACAGACCUGGGGAGGUUCCAGAAAGCGGGUUAUGUGACAUACACAGGUAAGUAUAAGGGUAUGUACUGUAUGUGACUAACUUCAGCUCUCGGUUCCAAAAACACAGGUAACUUUCUGGGUAUGUAAGUAACCAUAGCAACAGAGCAAACAAAGCAAAGGGAUUGUGAUGUUUUUUGUAGUGUUGUUUUUACUAGCUUGACUAUAUUUUAAAGGACCUCAGUACUUCCCCAUAUAUUGCAUGGAACUAUGAUCAGAUCAGACCUGUUUCUACUCUGCUGCUGAACUUCUUGUUUUUACAGCUCACUGAUCAGUAGCUCAUGAUUCUUUCCAUCCUGACACCAUGUCUUUUGUUCACGGCUUCUUUAUUCUCUACUUGUUGUUGGAGUUAACGGCAGGUGGGUAGAAUUAAGAGAACGAUUUUUCUCUUAUUUGUGUAAAUACAAUGAUUGUUUCCAUUAAAAACUACAUAUCAGCGUUUUCCUUAAAAUUUUGACAACUUUAAGACUGUGCUGUGUUUUUUGUAAUGGAGUGAGCUCCUCGUCAACUCUCUAUUACAGUAUAAGUUUUGUGAACCACAAAUCAGGUUCAGCAGCUAUUGGAUAUGUUCAUCAUCUGUUCUCAGACUGAGCUUCAUCACAGUAUAAGACCUGCUGUGACACGACUGAACGCUCAGUGUUGAUUUGAUGCUCAACAGCUCAGACAUGACACACACACUCAGACACUCCGCUGUUAUAAUCCUGCUGCUCAACAACUUCUGUUCCUCUGCACAAAGUAAGAAUGAUAUUUACAUACUAGGUUUUAUUGUGGUUUCUAAUGUUAGCAGUAAUUUUGUGUUUUAUGUGUUGUGUACUGUGUAUCCAGGACAACACACCUUGUUAAUCAUUUGUAUUUCAGUUCCCCAUGAACUUGAUUAUUUUGUGGGCUGCAUUGUGAAUGGCACAACUGAGAUGCAGCACUAGAAGGGGAGAAUCCACCAGAAGAACGAACCCCUCCUGAGAUUACGAUCUAUCCGUCUGGAGAAGUUCAGCCGGGAGCUGA